GCAGCAAGUGCCGGGGUCCUACCGGCAGUCAUAGGCGCGGGAGUCGCGCGCUCAGUAGGACUGUCUUUCUGCUGGAGCCACACUCCCCACCGCGCUGCAAUGCUGCCUUCGGCCCCGAACCACUGGUUCGUUCGUAAGGUGAUUUACUGGAGGUGGGCGGCCAGCGUGGCAUGGUCCCUACUGCUGCUGCCGGUGUGCACGGCGCUCUUCGUGCUCCUGAGCAGAGUCAGUCUCCUCCAUCCCAUCCGAUGGAUCUCAGAGUCCUUUGGUCUCUUGUGCGGCUCCUACGUGAUCUUCUCCCUUGUGCUCCUCUUUGGAGCUCUCCUGGUGGUCGGCUUCUUCAACCUGGAGUAUUACACAGUGGUGCCCUCCAUCCCCUGCACUAAGAUCGCCCUGCUGGGGAAGGUGCUGCACCCACGACAAUGCAUUCACAUGCUGGUGCACUGCAUGCUGGGAAUGCUGGUGGCCUGGUGUGCGGCCGUCAUGAUAGGUGGCCGGUACCGGACCCUGUCCUGUCCAUGUGCCGUGGAGGAGGGGGCCGCCCCCGCCACCUGUCUGAAUGAGCUCCACCUGUUCUUCCUGCUGGCUGGGGGCUUCGUGGGUUACAGCUACAGCCUGCUGGGACUGCUCAACAACGUGAACUACAUCUCCUUCAAGAUCAUACAGCGACACAAGUACCUGUGGUUCCGGUCCUCUCUGCUGGCGGUGGUGCGGUACAGCGCAGUGCGCGCGCUCUAUGCCGUCAGGAACUUCUGUAUCUGCUAUUACUUUUUGGGAUACAUCCCCCGAACGUGGAUCUGCAGCACGCUGGGCCUCCUUCGGGACAGCUCCCAGCACCGCCUGGACUCGCUGGCUGGCCUGCUGGAUCUUCCCCUGCUCUAUCACCUGUGGCUGAGCUGCUGGUUCCUGCUGCUCACCUGGCACGUCAGCGUGCUCCUCUUCAGGAUCUUCGUCAGUGAGGCUUACAGCUUCCCGGUUCAGUCGUCCUUCUCUGAAGAUGCCAGUCAGUGCCUCCCCAAAGUCAUAAGUGAGAAAGAGCCGAUGAUCCUAAAGUUUCUAGGCUUGCAGGACCUGGCUGUGCUGGCUCACAACUCCCCAUGCAGAAGGCAGGAGGUCUUCAGCCUCAGCCAGCCCGGUGGUCACCCCCAUAACUGGAACGCCAUUUGCACGGAGUGCCUGUCUCUGCUCGGCGAGUUGACCCAGAGGCUUGUGCUGUACCAGGAGGCGCUGUCUUCCAACGGCAGACCCCGCCCCCUGUCCUGCGGCAGUGACCACAAGUCCACCUCCUCAGACACGUCCGGGAAUUCUGGGACGGAAGAGCUUUCGCACACAGCACGAGCGAGAGCAGGGUUGAAGACCCCAGCCUCCUCACUGUUCCGGGCCCCUGUGGGGAGUGCCGGCGGCGCUCUGCCCUUCACCCCCGACCUGGACAGCCCGUUCUCCCCCGCCGUCACGCGGCGCAUGGCCCCCGACCCCUCGUCCCCCUGGCAUGGCUCCGUGCAGAGCCCCCACGUCAUGCGGAGGGGUCCCAAGCUGUGGAGCUCAUCUGCAGAGUCGCCUCUUGGCUGCCUACUCCCAGAAUCCCCUGCUGCUGUGCCCAGUCCACCUGCUGCAGCCCAGAAACCCAGCUUCCUCUCGCUCUGGUUCCAGAACCGGCAGGAGCAGGUUAAAGGUUUCUUGGCUAAGCGAGUGCUGAUAAUGUAUUUGUUCAAUAAGCUUCCAGAAGCUUCCAGUCAGGCCCUCUUCGCUGACAGCCAAAUGCACAUCUGGGCACUGCAAGGACUCUCUCAUCUGGUAGCUGCCUCCUUCACAGAAGACAAGUUUGGUGUGGUACAGAUUACCCUACCCAGAAUCCUUAGCACCCUGCUGAUGUUGCAAGAAGCUGUGGACAGGCACUUUAAGCUGCCUCACGCGUCCAGUAAACCCGUGAGGUCCACCUGCUGCCUGGAGGACUCCACCUUCAAAAUGCUGAGGUUUGCCCUCCGGGCAUCACUGAAAACGGCGCUUUACAGAGUCACUGGCACCUUCGGCCAGCACUUGCACGCCGUCCAGAUGUCGGCUGAGCACCGGAAACGCCUUCAGCUCUUCAUGGAUUAUAAAGAGUAGUGGCAGCCAUUUCCAUCCUGCUGGGGCGAGGGUCCGGCCGCUGCACUUCUCCUGUUGGGCGUGCUGUCAUCACACUGCUUCUCAUGACACGUUCGGGUUGCGGUGGCGUCCUCGGACCUGUGGGGGCCGGGCUCAGCUGGACUCGGUGUGUUGCUUCUGUGAGCUGGGUCACCAUUCAGCCACCGCGACACAAAAUCAUGAUUGUUUAAUGGAAAUGUACUGAAACGGUGUUUACAUUUUACACAAGUAAAAUCAGGGCACCUUUGUUUUAUUUUUGUACUGCUGAGAGCCACUGAUUACGUGCUGGCUGUGGGAUUAGCGUGUACAGGGUUAGCAUUUAGCUCCUUUCACUGGGCUGGGCGGGUGCAGGUCUGCCUUCUGGGCUACUUCCACUUCAUGUUGCACUGUUGGCCUUCGGAUGCACAUUAAAUUCUGCCUCGUGUUCCCGCCUGCUUCGUCUCUCUACGCCAAGAUCCAGUGCGAGGUUCCCAGGACGUCACCUCUGCAGUUAUGAGACGCCUCAUCUCUCCAGAUACCAUAAAUCCUGCUGAAGCUGUUACAUGAGUAAUUCCUAAGGCUUUGGCUGUCAUACAAACCCUGCAGAACUUUUGUAUGAGAGCUUGAGGGCAGAUGAACUGCAGUCUUCCACGGCUAUAGGGGGUGCUGUGUUUUACAGCCUUAAUUACUGAAAAUGAAAUCGUAUGAUCUAGCAUCUAAUUAAUACGUAUUGCCAUGGUUCAGCCACCAUACUGUUCAUAAAUUUUGUUAUGCAAGUUACGUGGAGUAACAAGCUGAUUUUCUAUAUUUUUAUUUUAUAUUGUAGAUUUUGAUAGUUUCAUUAUUAACGUAUAUACCGCAAUAUACGCACUUUUCUGAAUAAACGAUUGAAUGAU